GGCAGGAGUACUUCCGGGUGACGGAGGUCGGCCCCGGCAAGAUGGCGGCCCCCUUGGAGCUCAGCUGCUGGGGAGGUGGCUGGGGGCUCCCUUCGGUGCACAGCGAGUCCCUGGUGGUGAUGGCGUAUGCCAAGUUUUCGGGCGCACCCUUGAAAGUCAAUGUCAUAGAUAACACCUGGAGGGGUCCAAGAGGUGAUGUACCAAUUUUGACGACCGAAGACAGCAUUGUUUCUCAGCCUGCAAAAAUACUAAACUUUUUAAGAAAACAGAAAUACAAUGCUGACUGUGAACUCUCAGCAAAACAAGGGGCAGACACCCUGGCUUACAUCGCCCUCCUGGAAGAGAAGCUUCUCCCUGCCGUGCUUCACACUUUCUGGGUGGAGAAUGACAAUUACUUUGCUGUGACAAAGCCAUGGUUUGCCUCCCGUAUCCCUUUCCCUCUGAGUUUAAUCCUGCCUGGAAGGAUGUCUAGAGGCGCACUGAAUAGGAUCCUCUUGACACGGGGAGAGCCGCCCCUCUACCACAUCCAGGAAGUGGAAGCGCAGAUAUACAGAGAUGCCAAGGAGUGCCUCAACCUCCUGUCAAACAGAUUGGGAACAUCUCAGUUCUUCUUUGGUGACACGCCCUCCACCUUGGACGCCUACGUGUUUGGUUUCCUCGCACCUCUUUAUAAAGUGCGUUUUCCCAAGGUUCACUUACAAGAGCAUCUGAAGCAGCUCUCCAAUCUGUGCCGCCUGUGUGACGACAUUCUGGACAGCUACUUCAGACACGGGCCCGCGGGCAUCUCUCCAGCUGGACAAGAAAUGAUAGACGUGAACCUGCGGAAACUCACACAACUUGUAAAUAAGGAAUCCAACUUAAUUGAAAAGAUGGAUGACAAUCUCCGCCAGAGCCCUCAGCUUCUUCCUCGGAAGCUGCCAACGCUCAAGCUGACUCCAGCAGAAGACGAGAGUAAUUCCUUACAGCGGCUGUCACCCUGACAGUCCCAGCCUGCUGCAGCCAAAGUCUUAGGAUUGUUUGCAGUAGUCGCUUAUACUGAGUGCACGGAGACCAAAAGAAAACUGCCGUAAUAGGUAUAAGGAAGACUGUGAAACAGGAGCUGAACGUGACUUUCUUUUUAAACUAGGGAAGCUUUUAUUUCAUCUUGGCAGUGCAUUUUGAAUGCUAA